CGGAGGAGCCUCUCAGUCGCAGAGUAGAUUCGACCCGUUACGGAUUGUGUUUCAGUUUUUGGUGUACUUCGACAGAUUCUGGAAGAAAAAGGGUUGAGUUUCGGGAUUCCUGUUCCGCACAUCUGCUGCUGCGGAAGGGAAGAAGGCAGGGUCGUACGGUGAAGUGGGGGUAGAUUUAUGAGAGUUUUCCCCCAUUCGUGUGACGGUAAGAAUGUCGUAAAAGCCGCCGCGCCAAACCGGUUUGCCUGUGAAACGAUCCUGCGGAUUUAGUGAAGUUUAAAGUUACAGUGUGAACGAAUAAAAGGAUUAGUAUUCUUUCUUUUGGCGAACAUUUGCAGUUUUUUUCCGCUCCCGGAUCUGAAUGAUUCAAAAGGUAUUCGCCCUGGGGGGUAGAAGUGCUAGAAAGUGAUGUAACUUUUGAAGUUUGCUCGUGUGUGUUUGUAUGUGUAGAGGCUCCGAAAUUUCUCUUGAACAUUAGCGUCGCAAUCAGCACGCUUUAUGUAAUCCUUGCUGGGGUAUGUUUAAAGGUGAAACACACGCUCAAGAACAGUGAUCUACUGAAAGGAUCAACGGUUUCCCUUCCUGCUUUGCACUUAAGCAGCAUAAACUCGAGUGAAUGAAUUUUAAAAUCGUGCCAUUUCCACCAUUCUUUCAUUUUCCUAGUCUGCGCUGAAAGUGAAAAAUCAAUUUCCCAAGCAUAUAGCCACCAAGAAGAGGUAGAAAAGCUUUAUUUAACAGAGAACGUGCCUAACUGUUGGUGCUUGAAGAAAAAAUUAUUUCCACGGAGUGUUUCCCGCAGCCUACCGGCGCACGCAAGGGAGAAUAAAAGACAAUUUUGUCACUUCAAUUUGCUGCUACUUGUGAAGUUUCAGAUAUCAUCUCUGCUAACCUCGCUGAACAAUCAUAGAUUCUUCGUACCUUCCAAAGUAGAAUGGGAUCUUCUACAUUAUGACAAUAACAGCAGGAACUACAGCUAUAAUCAUAAAACUAGUAGCAGCAGCAACAGCAGCAGCGCCACCACCAGCAGCAGCAGUAGCAACGAUUAAAGGAAGAACGUUAGGAUAACCGAACCCUCUGGUGGCUGCAACAUGAGCUCACGUCACGCCUUCUACACCGUCGAGGUGGGCGACACCAAGUUUACCAUUCUGAAGCGAUACCAGAAUCUGAAACCGAUCGGAUCCGGUGCUCAAGGCAUUGUUUGUUGAACCAUUGUUAGCAUAUAGGUCCAGUAGGAAGUAAUUCAAUCAUCGUUAUUGAUAUACAUUUUAAUCUUCAUUUGACGUACGGUCGACAACACACGGUAUAAAAAACUAUAGUAGGAAGUCACCUAAACAAAAGUGGAAUAGGAUUAAGUGGCAUAACUCAACAAACAAAUAAAAAAAAAAUAAUCACAAAAUGACUGACACAUUUGAGAAGUACCAAUUCGGUGAUACUGAAUUCGAGGUGCCCGUUCGGUACACUCGGCUAGAAGCGAAAGGGUUCGGAGCCCAAGGAAUGGUCUGUGCCGCAUACGAUACAGUAACGCAGCAAAAUGUUGCCAUCAAAAAGCUAUCACGACCGUUCCAAAACGUCACCCAUGCCAAACGAGCCUACAGGGAGUUUAAGCUUAUGAAAUUAGUCAAUCAUAAAAAUAUAAUUGGACUGCUAAAUGCAUUCACACCGCAGCGCACGCUCGAGGAGUUCCAGGAUGUCUACCUCGUUAUGGAGCUUAUGGAUGCCAACCUGUGCCAGGUCAUCCAGAUGGACCUGGACCACGAGCGGAUGUCCUAUUUGCUCUAUCAAAUGUUGUGCGGCAUCAAGCAUCUACAUUCGGCAGGAAUUAUCCAUAGGGACUUGAAACCGUCGAAUAUCGUGGUCAAAUCGGACUGCACGCUGAAGAUUCUGGACUUUGGUUUGGCGCGUACAGCCGGUACGACCUUCAUGAUGACCCCGUACGUGGUAACGCGCUACUACCGGGCCCCUGAGGUUAUUCUUGGCAUGGGCUACAAGGAGAACGUCGACAUCUGGUCCGUCGGGUGCAUCAUGGGUGAGAUGAUACGCGGUGGAGUGCUAUUUCCCGGCACCGAUCAUAUUGAUCAGUGGAAUAAAAUCAUAGAGCAAUUGGGAACACCGUCAUCAUCGUUUAUGACGCGACUGCAGCCAACCGUGCGGAACUACGUCGAAAACCGUCCCCGAUACACGGGGUAUCCGUUCGAUAGACUCUUUCCGGAUGUGCUGUUCCCGACCGAUUCUAAUGAACACAACCGUCUCAAGGCUAGUCAAGCACGGGAUCUGCUCAGCAAGAUGCUAGUCGUGGAUCCCGAGCAUCGCAUCUCCGUCGAUCAAGCGCUGGUGCACAGCUAUAUUAAUGUGUGGUAUGAUGAAAGUGAAGUCAAUGCGCCUGCCCCAGGACCGUACGAUCAUAGCGUUGACGAACGGGAGCAUACCGUUGAGCAGUGGAAGGAACUCAUCUACCAGGAGGUUAUGGAGUACGAGGCCCGUAACAAUCUGGCCGACGGUGAAGGUACUCCGCGGUAGAAAUCGUCGGAAGACUAAAAUGAGCAGAAUCUGGCCCUUCUGGAUGAUUCCAAUGGAACGGCCAGUCAACUGUGCGAAGAGCGCCUAGUUUGAGCGAAUACCAACCGACCUAACGAGACAAAACCUGAUCUCCUCCUGUAACCCGCUUUUCCUUGGGAGAGAAAAAUGCCAGUAAAAAGCACGUGGACAAGCAAUUGUGUGGAAAAAAGUUUAGGAAAAUAUAAAAUCAAUACAGUAGUGACAACAACAGCAAAACAGAAUAAUUCCUAUACUCCUCAUCCUGCUCUCCUCUGUUAGAAAAUGUGACAGCAAAACCUUGUAGGCAGAAAAUUUAAAAACAAUAACGCAUGCACCCCAAUAAGACGGAAGGUUUCGUUUUGUUCGCUAGUUUUGCUCGUCAGAAUUGCGAGACAAAAAAGUCGUACCAAACUGAAGUGAAGAGGAAAAAAGUGUUUGCGAGCUAAGAGUAAUAAAAGAAAAAUCAUGCGCUGUGAAGUUCAUUACUAAAACCGUGAAUAAACACACACACAAAAAAAAAACAUACAAAACGAAUCAACAGCAUUCGGCAGAUUUGUAAAUAUUUAAUAAUCCUAUAGAAGACUUCUAAGCAAGCAUGAAUAAAAAUGGCAUGACAUACCCUAGAUUUAACCUCUGGCAGUUCGUUCGUUUGUCCGUUCGUACGUGAGUGAGUUUUGUGAAGGCAAAUAUGCCCUGAAUCCUGUGUGGCAGUACCCAAAGCAGCUGGUCAAAACGUGCAAUAACUUUAUUACCAAACUUACCAAGCUUUCCCCGGAACAGAUCUCUGUGCGACAAAAUAAAAAACAAAAUGAAGAAGGGGAUAGAAUGUCAACCAAGAACAAACCGGAAACCGCGCGGAAGCAGAUUUCUUAGAAUGCUUUUAAUUGUUGAAGAAUUAAAACUUAGAAUCAAACAAACUACAGACAACUAAUUCAUAAUCCUUGCUAAAUAAUCAAUCGUGAACGAAUGGAAUCCUGUUCGGAAACUAGAAAACAAUAGACAACUUUUCGUCAUCAUUAUCUUACGUUGCUGGAUGUCAAACUGAUGCGAGAUGAGGAAGCGUAAGAGCAUGUGAUAUGUUGUAUGUCGCUUGUUUUCAUUCAUUUAACUCGAUAACCAUUCACUUUUCACUCAUAAUUCGAUGAAAGAAACGCUCAGGUUAAUGUGGAAAAACAAAGUUAAAGAAAUUUCUAAUCCCGAAACUGUGUGCAUCUAAAGUGAAGGCAUUACUUUGAACCCAACCCCGGAUGUGUGUACAUUAAUUUAGACAACACUGCCCUCUAUUCGAGUUAAGGUGAAAUCAGAGCGAAAGGACAACAAUUUGAUUGAAAACAAACACACAAACGCUAGAGAAGCUGUCGAAAACUCCAAAAACAAGCUAACACUCACACACAAAACCACUGACGGAUGUUUUAAUCACGUGUAGACAAAAAUACAAUUUAUUUAUUUGCCAUCUCAAUUGCCAUAAUCACCUUGGAGAGAAACAAAUAGGAAACGACAGAGCCGUGAACUGUACUCACAAUAGUACUUAAAAAAAUUGGUAAUACAUCCCAAAGUAGAAAGAAAAAAUGUCAUCCCCAUAAAACGUAGGAAAUUCGUCACAAGCAAAAUGAAGAAUGAAAAAAAGCCUUCGUUAUAAUGAUUUGAAAAAAGUUAUAAAUACAGUAUGGAAAAAAAAUUAAAUUGUAACAAUAUAUAAGGUAGCAGAAUAAAUCAUGUAUAUAAGUAAUAACGUAAUGGAAAUUAAACUACAAUUAAAAAACAAAGUAAAUCAAGUAGCAAUUAGAGUGCAACCCAGAUCAGUGAAGAAGAAUAAAAAAUAAAACCUCUAAUCAUUUUUUGAUGGUUAGCCGCCAACCAAGGCAAUCGAUUUGUAUCGCAAGAACUACCAAAAGAGAAAGUCUUCGUUAGAGGAAGGCUCCCUUGAGAAAGAACUACGAUGGCGUUUUUUUAGCCGGAAAAUUGGGCAUCGCUGAAAAAAGCACACGAAGGGAUGAUGGUGAUUGGAAUAGAGCAUAGAAUACACACUCACAUACUUUUCUUCUACUAUUGCAAACAGUAAACAAAAAAAAUAUAAAAUCUAAUGACUCCAUUUGAGAGAUAUGAAAAAUAUAUCCCGACGAAGCCACAAAACAUUCAAAACUCUAGCAAGCAUUCGUUCAAUUUGUCAUUUCUAAGCAAAAACACACUAUUCAAACUCAAAACUAGAAGAAAAAGUAAGUUAAAAAUGAACACGAGUAAAAGAACAGAUUUACGAAUCCGCCCUUUUUAUAGAAAGAAAUACAACAAAAAAAAACAUAAAAUAAAGUUACAUUGCAGAAGAGGAAAAAGAAAACAUAAAAAAAUACUUCUAAUCUUUAUCAAAAGCUGCUACUACAUCUAUUUUUUUUUUUUUGAAUCGGUGAGAAAUUCAGACGAAAUCCGUACGAAUUUUUGAUGAAUAACAUAAAAAAUAUCACACGCGUUCCGGCGCCUUAAGCAUUUUCGUAUGGAAUACUACUCAAAAUGAAAACUCUAACUCUUAGUGACAAUCGCUUCACUCGGUUAUGUUUUGUCCGGUUUCCUUCUCAGUUAGUAACAAUUUGCCUUUUUGAGGGUAAAUUCUGUUUUACGACUAGCAAUGCAACUUGAAGUAACACAUUUUCCACAGCACUUGAGCCAGGUAGAAUAACAACAUACACGAAAGAAGAAGUAACGUCCAAGCAACUAUACAUACUAGAUACAAAAAAAAAACGCGAAACAUCAUUUUAGGAAAUAUCCUAAGUAUUUAAUGGUGCCACUUUUUCUAAAAUAUCCGCAGCCGUUAGCAUCGAUUUCCGUUCGCUCCUUGUUUCUACUGCUUACUCAAUUAAUGAGAAAGACCUUUCAAUGUUUUUUCUUUGAUUUAGACUCAACGCUAUCGGCUUAUUUCUGAAUUGUCUUUCAAUUAAUCAACUGAAAUCAUGGCUCGUACGUAUAAUAAAUACGGAUAAUGUAGCGAACAAAGCCCUCAGUAUAAAAUAGACAAGUAAAACAACAAUGACAAAUUGGAAUGGGCGAAAGAAAAGAAAAGCUGAAACCGAGUGAUUGAGAGGGAAAACCACAUCGUGAGCGAAAUAUUAAAGUCUUAUUAAAAUUUAUCUUACCAAUUUCUGCAGGCGCAGAAUGAAAAGCUAGCUGGAAGGGUGAGAGUAAAAUGUGAAAACCGGCUCCGACCGAGAGUGGAGCUAAAAGAAUUGAUUCGCAUUAACUGAUAGCGACAAACACACACAAACACCUACACACACAGAGUGUGCCGAAAAGCCUCCCACAUACACACACACAUAUAAACACAUAAUUACACACAUAAUUACACACAUACAAGCGCACGGCAAAACGGAAAACGCAAAUGUCGAAAGUCGGAAAAAGUAGUGAAGAAAAAAAAUGAGUCUAGUGUAUUUAAAUAUACCUAUACAUAAAAGCAGAAAAUUGUGGAACGUAAAUGCAAAACCGAUGAUAAAAGCAAAACUAAGAAUGGGAAGUGAAUUAAAAAAUAAUCGAUAAUAAAACUUAUUUAUCACAAAACCAAAAAA